UAUUGGCCGUUUUGAAUAUUAUUGUUUGGACGUUAAAGUAGUCUCAAGUUAUGUUAUUUAUAGGUUUUGGCUUGAUAAGUUGGUUUCUACUAAAUAUUACAAACAUUUUAAUAGAGAUCUUACUUUUAUUCCCGAGAAUUUUCUUAAAGUUGUUCUCGACUACAUUUGCCAUUCAUGUCAAACGGCCAACUACGCAAUAAAAACUAAAAUAAUCUUGUAAAAAAAUGGGUAAUUAACUAUUUUACAGUUAUAUUAGUAUAUGACAUUCAUAUAAUAUUAGUAAUUUCGAUCAGUUAUCUAUGUUACAUUUGAAAUAAAUGAUUACUAUAAAUAUUUAACACAUAAUUUAAUAUUUAUGAUCAUGUCAUAAAACUAUCUCUGGUAUUUCUUAAAACAAAAGUAAACCGCCAAACGCUCCUGCACCUGGUCAGCUAACGCUUAUCACUCUUAUCAGAAUAUCUAAAACGACACCAUUGUUUUACUUGCACGUGCGAUUUUUGUCGUUCUGGUAAUUUAUUGAAUAGGAUGUUGGAAAGGGUAAGAGGUAAGGCUUUUAUCUUCUCAGUGUCAUCAAUGCUAAGAAAGUGGAUGGUUGUGACGUGACCAUAAUGAAAAAAAAUAAAGUGUUUGAGUAUUUUAGAACUUUGUCGGACGAUGGACGUACCAAAUACGUUUGUUUAUUCUGUGAUGCAGUGUAUACAUGCAAAAAUGUCACCAGAUUUGUGCGGCAUAUGAUAAAUUGCGAAAAAAGUCCAGUUGAAGUAAAACGACAGUUACGACAGAAAGGACCUGAAAUCAUAAAUCAGCCUGUGGUUUCUGAUGAGCCCGUAAUGGUUGAGAGCGUGACAGAUAACACAUUUAAUGAGAAAGAAGCGGAUAAAGCAUUAGCUAGAGCAAUAUACGUAACUGGCCAGCCGCUUUCAAUCUUAGAACACCCUUUAUGGAAACGGGCGCUUCAAUUGUUAAGGCCUGGUUACAACCCACCUUCACGGAAAGUAUUGUCAACAGUGCUUUUAGAUGAAGAAUAUGCAGAUGUGAAACAAAAAGUUACGGAAAAAAUUGAAGAAGCUAACGUUUUGCACUUAGCCGCAGACGGUUGGACAAAUGUUAGAAAGGAUUCUAUUAUCAACAUAAUUAUCUAUACACCGAAGCCAUAUUUUCAUUCGUCGAUUGAAACAAGAAAUAACAGGCACACGGCAGAGUACUUGUCUGAAAAAAUAGGACAAACUAUGAACGAAAUCGGAUCCGAAAAGUUUCUGGGCAUUAUUACUGAUAACGCUGCCAAUAUGAAAAAAUGCGGAAAACUGCUAAAUGAGCAAUAUGAAAACACCACGUGGGUAGGAUGCCUCGCUCAUACUUUGAAUCUGCUGAUAAGCGAUGUAUUAAAAAUAGAGGCCAUUCAGGAAACCUUCUCGUCCGUUGUAGCGACAGUAAAAUCUAUUUUGCAUUCGAACAUCUUCAGUGCCGAGUUUAAAAAAAUUGCAGCCGAAAAAUCUUUGAACGUGUCGUUGCUGUUUCCGGUUAAGACAAGAUGGGGCAGCUAUUUACAUUGCUUAGAGAAUUUUAUGAAAUCAAAAAGUAUAUUGCAAACAAUGGUCGUCAACGAAGAAAAUAGAGAUCUACAAAAACACAGAACAAAAAUAUUGAAUGAGAAUACAUGGCAAGAUGUCGAAAAACAAAUAAAAUUCUUUACACCAAUUGUGAAAUGGAUAACAAUUUUAGAAGGCGACAGCUGUACAAUACAUUUAGUGCACCGAGCUCUCAGAGAAAUAGAAGACAUGUUGGACAGUGAACAUUCAGCAGAUGUUAUUGACGACCUUGCCCUGGCCAAUUUGAAAAUCAAAUUCCAAACCAGAAAGGGAAAUUGUGUGAAACCAGUCCACCUUGCUGCCGUUAUUUUGGAUCCAAGAAAUCAGGGUAGUACUCUGAGCCAUGAUGAAAAUCUGGAUGGCUGCUCCACUAUAAUGACUAUUGCACAAUGUGACGCUACUUUGAUUCAAGAACUAUCAGACUAUAAAUGUCGCAAAGGAAUUUGGGAGAGAUCGUUUGUUUGGCAAAUAGCAGGAGACGUCGAUCCAAUCUCUUGGUGGGAGACUCUAUUCCCAAAAACAGAAUUAGCAAAAACGGCACGAAAAAUCUUGUCAAUACCCUCAACAUCAGCAUCAGUCGAAAGAAGUUUUUCGACGUAUGGGAGCAUACACACCAAUAAACGUAACAAGUUAAAAAAUGAAAGAGCAGCAAAACUUUGUUUCAUUGCUCAUAACUGGAAGUUGAUGAACAAAACUGUACAGACGCCGCAAGGUGAAAAUGCAAGAUCUCAUAUCAGCAACAGUAGCGACGGUUUUGUGACCUACAGUCCCAAUUUUGAUGAUGAAAUUUCUUGGGAUUUAUCUUCAGAGAUGUCAGAAAUAGAGGAUAUUGAUUUUAGGUCUGUUACAGAUCAAGAUAAUGAAACAGAAGAUUUCGACGUAAAUAAUUUGUAACUAGUAUAGGUUUUAUGCCGUAAGUUGAUUGCUUAGUGUUAUUUAAUCAUAGUUGAUUUUAUUGGAUUAUAAGCUUGAUUUAUAUUUUACAAACUAUUUACAUUUAUUUAAUUACUAUUUUGUUGAUUGUAUUUUUAAUAUAUUUAUUACAUUUAAAUUCCAAUACUUUUGAGAGUCGUAAGCCUCUAGUCGAUUUUGUUACAUUCAUUAUGUAAGUUAAUUUUCUCAAUCGUUACGCUUAUUAUAAUAAUCCCAUGUUAAGUAUCUUAGUAUUAAAUUAAAGUACUUGCUUAGCCUAUUCUUUGACUCUGUUGAUUUGAUUUUGUGAUUUCUAUUUUUAAUUUGACUAUUCUAGCAACGUGAAGGUAUACAUAUUUAAGUAAGACUGAAUGCAAGGUAAUUUGUGUAAAAAACAGUAGUCAGUUAACAUAUAAGCAUAUAAAUGUAACCCUUAUAAUUAUUGUU